AUGACCCGCACAGCCAUCGCCUCUUCAAUACGCUACAGACCCUCUCUGAAGCCAGCAUAUCCGUCUCUCUGCUCAAACUUCCGCUUCAAACCCUUCCGCAAGCCCACCAUGGCGAGCCUUCACACCAACGGCACCAGCGAGACCAACGGCUCUGGAAAGCGCCCCAUUCCGUCCCGCGCCUGGUCCAUGGACGAGCCCAUCUCCGUGAAGGACUUUGCCGGCCUCUGCGAGCAGACUGCUACUAAAGACGACUACCCGCUCGCCGCCGCCGUCGAGAAGAACAUCCCCGUCUACGACCUCUCCUCCUUCUCGCUCGACGAUGCCAACGUCAUCGAGCAGCUCCAGGACGAGUGGAACCACCUCCUCCUCUCCGGCCCUGGCGUCUUCGCCGUCAAGAACCUGUACACCGACCUCUCCGUCAUUGACGCUGCUAACAAGGCCUACGACGACAUCAUUGCCGCCGAAGCCUCCAGCGCCAAGGGCGAUCAUUUCGCCGCCUCGUCGGCCAACUCGCGCAUCUGGAACUCCUUCAGCAAGCAUGGCAUGGCCGACCCGCGCUCCUUCGCCGUCUACUACUCGAACCCGUGGCUGUCCCACAUCUGCGCCGCCUGGCUGGGCCCCGCCUACCGCAUCACCGCCCAAGUCAAUAUCGUGCGGCCGGGCGGAGCCCCACAGGUCUCGCACCGUGACUACCACCUGGGCUUCCAGACGGCCGAUGCCUGCGCGCGUUUCCCCAAGGUCAUGCAGGUUGCCAGUCAGCUGCUGACGCUGCAGGGCGCCGUCGCCCACAGCGACAUGCCGCUCUCCUCGGGCCCCACGCGCUUCUUGCCCUUCAGCCAGCGCUUCCCCAAGGGAUACAUGGCCUACCGCCGCCCGGAGUUCAACGAGUACUUCCUCUCGCGCUGGGUCAGCCUGCCUCUGGCCAAAGGCGACGGCGUCUUCUUCAACCCGGCCCUCUUCCACGCCGCCGGCGCCAACGAGAGCUCGGACAUCGACCGCAGCGCCAACCUCGUCCAGAUCAGCUCCGCCUUUGGCAAGCCCAUGGAGACGGUCGACGCGCUGCCUCUGGUCGAACGCUGCUGGGACGAGAUCAAGGCAAUGAAAAAGCAGGGCGAGAGCAAGGCUCGCGAGGUCCAGGCGCUGAUCGCCGCCCUGGCCGAGGGAUACCCUUUCCCGACGAACUUGGACAAGAGACCGCCCGCGCCGGGCGGAAUGGCGCCGGAGAGCGAGCAAGAUCUGCUGCGCAGAGGAUUGGAGGAAGGGUGGAGCACAGAACAGGCCGUGGCGAACUUGAAGCAAAUGAGGGAGGACUCGAAAGCUUGA